AUCAUAGAAAAAUCUUUUGUUCAAUUAACAACUUCUUGGUUUGAAAAACGUCGCGAGAAGUGUAUCUUAUAGUCGAACUGCCAGCUCCAAGGAUAUCCUUAAUUUCUGUGACCAACAAAUAAUUAAAAAAAAGUGUUCAAAAUGAAAAUUGAAAUAGCUUUACUCUUCCUUGCUGGUGCUCUAUCAUUGGUUGUUGCAGCUCCACAACGUGCUGAUGAACCAAUUGCUAUUGUGGCACAGGAAUCGAAUAUCGAACCAGAUGGUUCGUACAGUUACAGUUAUGAAACUGCAAAUGGCAUCAAAGGUGAGGAGACCGGAACAUUAAAGAAAGCAACUUCUGCUGACUCCAAUGAUGUUAUUGUUGCUAAGGGCUCAAAUACGUAUACCUCACCUGAAGGUAUUGUUAUCACGCUAAGCUACACAGCUGAUGAUGUGAACGGCUUCCAACCACAAGGCGAUCACUUACCCACACCACCACCAAUUCCAGAAGCAAUUCAAAAGGCGCUUGCGAUAUUGGCCACAGCGCAACCACAAACAAAACGUCGCUAAACGAACCCACACGCCGCAAAGAAAGAGGGCUUAAAACGUAAAAUCGGCCAAUGAUUUAUUUUAUUAAAUAUAGCACUGCAGGGUGAUCAUUUACGCACCUUUUUUUAUUUCCGAUGCAAUUGAUUUUAAGCAAAGACUUUUUAUUAUAAAUGCAUAUUCCUAAUGUUUUAAUACGUUUCUCUAUGUGCCACUAUAUUCCAACACCAGUCCAAGCACACACUAUGAGUUUUAGAAAAUACAAAAAAAAAAUACUCCCAAAAAGCACUGACUGAAUGAACCGAGCUAAGCAUAUUUUAGUAUAAAAAUAAACUAUAAAAA